GCUGAGUGUGUUUUCUCUCUCAUGGAGGAUUUUCAGGAACUAACAGGAAAGCAGGAGAAACUCUGAGACUUGACGCGCGCGGCCCGCGGCUCCUGUGCGGCGUUUGCAGCGGAUCCGGAGCGUGUUUCGGUGGAGUCUGGUUCGGCGAUGGCCGGCGCGUCCCCCGCUCCGCCGCUCUGGUAUCACCGGGAUCUGAGUCGCGCCGCGGCGGAGGAGCUGCUCGCUCGCGCCGCGCGGGACGGGAGUUUCCUGGUGCGGGACAGCGAGAGCGUCAGCGGCGCGUAUGCGCUAUGCGUGCUGUUUCAGAAACAUGUUCACACGUACAGGAUCCUGCCUGAUGAGGAGAACUUCCUGGCGGUGCAGACGUCUCAGGGCGUUCAGCCCAAACGCUUCAAGACUCUUCCUGAGUUGAUUCAGUUGUAUCUGCAGCCCAGUCAAGGCCUGGUGACCACACUGCUGUUUCCAGUGGAGAGAGAGGAAACCACAGAGGACAGAGAUUACUCGGAUGGUGAAGAUGAGAAGCCACCCCUCCCUCCACGCACCGCCUCCAGCAGCAGUCCUGCAGGCUCCGCCCUCGUCAGUCCAGACACGCCCCCUGAAAACGUGACGGCGUCUAACGGCCUGAGCACCAUCUCUCACGAGUAUCUGAAGGGCAGCUAUGCUCUGGAUCUGGAGGCUGUCAAACAGGGAGCAAACAGCCUUCCUCACCUCAACAAGACGCUGGUGGCAUCCUGCAAACGCCUGCAUGGGGAGGUGGAUAAAGUCCUGUGUGGUCUGGAGAUCCUGUCGAAGGUCUUUGAUCAGCAGAGCGCCUCCAUGGUGUCCAGAAUGAUCCAGCAGACCAUGUCUCAGGGUGGAGAUCAAGAGCUGGAGCAUCUGGUCACUAAACUGGCCAUCCUCAAAGAUCUGCUGUCAUCUAUAGAGAAGAAGGCUUUGAAGGCUCUUCAGGACAUGAGCUCAUCUACUCCGAACAUCUCACCGCUGCUGUCCAUCAGACACAAAGCUAUUCCUGUGCAGACCUUUGAGGUAAAACUGGAUGUGUAUCUGGCCGACCUGACGAAGAUCGGGAAGAGUCAGAAAUAUUCGCUGAGUGUGGACGUGGAGGGAGGAAAACUGGUGGUGAUGAAGAAGAUGAAGGACGCACAGGAAGACUGGAACACAUUCACGCACGACAAGAUUCGGCAGCUGAUAAAGUCUCAGCGUGUUCAGAAUAAACUCGGAAUCGUCUUUGAGAAGGAAAAAGACAAAAGCCAGAGGAAAGAUUUCAUUUUUGCCAGUGCAAAAAAAAGGGAAGCGUUCUGCCAACUGCUGCAACUCAUGAAGAACAAACAUUCCAAUCAGGACGAGCCCGACAUGAUCUCCAUAUUCAUCGGAACAUGGAACAUGGGCAGUGUUCCUGCUCCAAAGUCGAUGGGAUCAUGGAUUUUAUCCCGAGGUUUGGGGAAGACUCUGGAUGAGAUGGCAGUAACGAUCCCUCAUGACAUCUAUGUGUUCGGAACGCAGGAGAACUCUGUGUGUGAUAAGGAGUGGGUGGAGACGCUCCGCUGCGCCCUCAAAGACUACACUGAGAUCGACUACAAACCCAUCGCAGUGCAGACGCUGUGGAACAUUAAGAUCGUGGUGUUAGUGAAGGCCGAACAUGAGAACCGCAUCAGUCACGUGGGAAUGUCCAGCGUCAAAACGGGAAUCGCCAACACGCUCGGAAACAAAGGAGCAGUGGGCGUGUCUUUCAUGUUUAACGGGACGUCGUUUGGUUUCGUUAACUGUCACCUGACGUCCGGCAAUGAGAAAAUCCACAGACGGAACCAGAACUAUCUGGACAUCCUGCGUCAGCUGUCGCUGGGCGAUAAACAGCUCAACUCCUUCGACAUCUCGCUGAGAUUCACGCAUCUCUUCUGGUUUGGCGACCUCAACUACCGUCUGGACAUGGACAUACAGGAAAUCCUCAACUACAUCAACAGGAAGGAGUUUGAGCCAUUGUUGAAGGUGGACCAGCUAAAUCUGGAGAGAGAGAAGAACAAGGUCUUCCUUCGCUUCGCGGAGGAUGAGAUCACCUAUCCGCCCACGUACCGUUAUGAGCGCGGCUCGCGAGACACAUACGUCUGGCAGAAGCAGAAGGCGACUGGGAUGCGGACCAACGUUCCUUCGUGGUGUGACAGAAUACUCUGGAAAUCCUAUCCGGAGACGCACAUCAUGUGCAACUCUUACGGCUGUACGGAUGAUAUCGUCACCAGCGAUCACUCGCCGGUCUUUGGCACGUUCGAGGUGGGCGUCACGUCUCAGUUCGUCUCUAAGAAAGGUCUGCCCAAGUCUUCAGAACAGGCCUACAUCGAGUUCGAGAACAUCGAAGCCAUCGUCAAGACGGCCAGCAGAACCAAAUUCUUCAUCGAGUUCUACUCGACAUGUCUGGAGGAGUUUAAGAAGAGCUAUGAGAACGACACUCAGAGCAGUGAUAACGUGAACUUCUUGCGCGUGGGCUGGUCGUCCAAACAGCUGACCACACUGAAGCCCAUUCUGUCGGACAUCGAGUAUCUGCAGGACCAGCAUCUGCUGCUGACCGUCAAAUCCCUGGACGGCUACGAGUCCUACGGUGAGUGUGUUCUGGCGCUGAAAUCUAUGAUUGGCAGCACAGCGCAGCAGUUCCACACUUACCUGUCUCACCGCGGUGAAGAAACCGGUAACAUCCGCGGCUCCAUGAGGGUCCGAGUCCCGUCUGAACGCAUGGGAACGAGAGAACGACUCUACGAGUGGAUCAGUGUGGAUAAGGACGAGACGGGCGGACCGAAGGGCAGGACUCUGCCUCCUCGAGCCGGACACGACUAUGUCAAACCGUCCAGCAGCAGGAGGCUUGGCUCAGCUGACCUCGGGAAACUCUCAGAGGAAGGAGAGAAGAGCGUCACAGGACGACACACACACACACACUCCUGCAAAGAGGAGAGCGCACAGAACAGAGGUAAACAGGAUCCGUUCGAGGGUGACGUCACGACAUGCAAAAACAGCUUCAAUAACCCCGCCUACUACAUUCUAGAAGGUGUUCCCAACCAAUCUGCUGCUCUGGCCUCCGACAUGCUCCCUAGCUCCGCCCUCCCUCCGCUAGCCAAUAAAACAGCUCCUCCUGCAGGCGGUGUGGGGAAAAGCAAGCCGCCCAGUGGAAGUUCGGCGCCGGGUCGCAGGCAGACGUCUGGACGCCCGGUUCGGCCCAUCAGCGAGGAAGGGUCCUCGGAGGAUGAUGGGAACAUCGGAUCUCUAAAUCGCCCCCCACCUGAUUUCCCUCCUCCUCCGCUGCCCAAAGGAGCUCUGGAGACGGUGGAGAACUCGUUCGGAAAACCGCAAAAACUCACCGACGUCAAGAUCCCGCCCCCGUCUGCGGUUCCGUCCAAUCCGCUGUCGUCGCCCGGCUUCGUACCGCCCUCUGGGGGAGGAGGCGUGGCCUUCUGCCUGGAUGCUCCGCCCACAAUGAGCCCGAGCUCUGCCCCUUUCCGGCGAGGAGGCGGGGCCUCGGGACUGGACGACCAGUCGUGUUCAGUGCUGCAGAUGGCCAAGACUCUGAGUGAAGUGGAGUAUCCUUCGGGGAGAGGCGUCUUGAAGACGAGUGCUCCUCACAUCAGAGGCCUGACCUUCCCUCCGCGCUCCAUACAGGAGGAGAGCAUCGCAGAAGACCUGCCCGAGGAGGGUCUGUGGCGUGACGAGAGCAGCAGCAGCAGUCUGUCGGUGGAGAGCAGCGUCGGAGAGUGGCUCCAGAAGCUCGGUCUGCAGCAUUACGAGGAAGGUCUGCUUCACAACGGCUGGGACGACCUGGAGUUCCUCAGUGACAUCACAGAGGAGGAUCUGGAGGAGGCGGGCGUUCAUGACCCCGCCCACAAGAAAAUACUGUUGGCCAGCUUAAAGCAACAGCAGCAGCAGAAAUGAUCCGAUCCAGAUCUGAACUGAGAAACUUUGCACUGGUAGAGAAAGUGGUUUUAAUUUAAUCCGAUGUAAUAAAGCUGGUCGUUUUAGUUCAUAAUAUUAUUUAAACGUCAGAAAGGAUGUGUCACUACAGCCCCGCCCCUCAACUUCCUGUCGUCUGCAUCCGGAGGAAGUGACAUCAUCAGAACAUUCCUCACCUUUGGUGACUGAAGUGUUAAUUAUGAACCGUUUGUUUUUCUUGCAUGUUUUAUGACUUUAAAGGAAAGGGAAAAGCCAAAAUCAGCAGCUCACUGUGUUCGUACGUUUGCGUUCGUUUCUCUGCCUUCGUUUGUACGAAAUCAAUCAAAUCCCGAUCAGGAGCCUCUCCUGUGGUUUGUGUGGAGGUUUAUAACAGGUUUAUAACACGAUAUCAUCAGCAGGUGGCUCUCUGGAUGUUCAGCGCUUCAUUUGAGAUGUGAAUCUUUGUUCGUUCAUUCAAUAUGAUUCUGAUUCAGAUGCAUUUUGAUUCGUUCGGGAUGAAAUCGCGUCUUGCUGUUCGGAUUCAGUGUUUGUGUCUCGAUCUCGAGUUUCCACGUCAGUCUUGUUUCAGAUGAGCUUCGGUUUGGAAAGCUGUCAGAGUUGUACCUCGUCCUGUAAUGAAUCACUCCGUGGAAACACAGCUGUAGUCUUUCUGUUUGGAUCUUAUAGCAGGAAAACCGUUUGUUUUAUUUAACAGUGUCUUUAAUAUUAUUAUAAUUGGGGUGUUUCUCCUAAAAUGCAUGUAUAUGUUCUUGCAUAGUUGUUUUGUGCAUUAAGUUUUAACAUUAUACGUUUCUCGCCUGUCAUUCAUAAUUAUAAUCCUUUGAAUAUUAUUAACUGUUUAAUUCUGUGUUGUUGUAAGUUAAUAUUGUGUUUGAGUUUCUGUCCCUUUAAUGUAUUUUUGUUUUUCCUUUUUUCAAUUUAAUAAAAAUAAAAAUCUAAUGUGC